UUGAAUGCGGAGGGUGGUAGGUAUGGCAAUGCACUACAAGCAGCUGCAUAUCAGGGAAAAGAAUCGGUUGUGUAUCUUCUCCUCAAGCGUGGGGCAGAGGUGAAUGCGAAGGGUGGCUAUUAUGGCAAUGCACUACAAGCAGCAGCAUCCCGGGGAAACGAAUCGGUUGUGCAGCUUCUCCUCGAGCGUGGGGCAGAGGUGAAUGCGAAGGGUGGCCGUUUCGGCAAUGCACUAAAAGCAGCGAAAGCAUUUAAUCGUGAAUCGAUUGUGCAACUUCUCCUCACACACGGGGCAGACCCCAAUCUAAGAUCUCGGCAGCACGAUACAA